UCGCGCUAUCCGCGAGCCAAUAGGGUUUCGUUUUAGUGAUUGGGCGCAAAAUCCAGUGUUUGUUUUCUUCCUUGUCCUAUAUUGGAAUCUUAAAAAUCAGCCUAAUGAACGUUAAAAUUGUCGAAGCGACCGCGGAUGGGUAGACCAAACGCACGUGCUCCAGUCCGGUGUCUCGAGCCAUGUUUAGGGAACUGUUUCAUGAGCUAACUCCUGUAGCCCUUUAGCUAGCAAUACCUAGCUCAGUUUCUCACUCAUAAUGUCUAGUCUGCCUCAAAAUAAUCUGAAGGAACAACUGGCAAGACACAGCAAUGCUGCUCACAGCAAACUCUCCCUGGCUAAACCCAAAACAGGGGCUUUCUCGUUCAAAAAGAAAUCUUCAUCAGGUACAACUAAAGUGGAAUUCCCGACCAAGCUUGAAGGAAAUCAAAAAAACAAAAUCGACAGCUUCUUCUCUUCAAGUUCAAAAUGCAAGUCAGAUGUCAUCAGUCCAGCAGGUUGCUCCAUUACAAAAAGUGAAACACCCUUAGCAGAUGCUAGCAUUAAGAUGCCUGUAGCUCCUGUUAAACCUGACAACUCCCUCUGUGAUGGUAAAGGAAUCAGCUCAACUAGACUGGAUGUAUCUAGUUUGAAGAUUGAUGACUGGGAUGAUUUUGAUGACUUUGAAACACCCGCCAAAGCCAAAAGCGACUCAUUCUGCUCAGAGAAAUCAGCUGUUGAAACAAAAAUAACUUUAUCUUCAGAUGAAGAGUUCCCAGAGUUCACAGGAAAACAAAGCCAUGAUGCUGGUAGCUUAAAACCAGAAUUGAGCAAGAAGAACAAUGACCAGUCUUCUAUGGAGACAGAAGAGCAAGAAUCUCGUGUCAAUAAAUCAACUAUUUCAGUAGAACCUAGUUUAGGUCAUGAACUUUCAGACUAUGAAGUGGAGGAUACUCCUGUAAAAAGGACUAGAAGGCGUUGUCUUCCUCCACUUGUGACUUCAGUGUUGAGUGAUAGUGAUGAGGAAAUCGGUCACGUCUCUAAAGCUUUGAAAGAAAAAACAGAUGAAAAGGAAAAAUGGAUUGAUAAAAAAGAACCGGACCUGGAUCACACCUUCAAACCUGAGGAAGAUCUUGAUUACAUUCCCCCUUCACCUCCUUCUCAGACUUCUUAUACAAAUUUUGGAACAAGGUAA